AUGAGCCAUAAAGAAAAACAAGAAAAUCAACAAAGUUCGCUGGAACCCGAUGAUGAUGUUGAAAUGCUUGAUUAUGACCCUUCUGACCCUUCUGGAUCGAAUUCUCAAUCAUUUUAUGAAGAUAAUAAGCGACAAAAUGAAGGUUGGAUCAACGGAAAAGAAACUAUGGAGAGGUUCAUACGAGAAACCCAAUAUCAAACGUUUUAUGAAUUGAAAUGGAUAAAUUAUAAUAGGUUGAAAGACGUCGUGUAUGAUGAAAGCAAAGGAUAUUAUGUAGCACUUUUGAUAGACGAAAAUAUCGAACUUGGACAAAACAAUAACAUUAAAGUUGGGUUGCAAUGCAUCAACGACGAGAAACUUUCUGAAGUUCUUUCACAGAUAAAGAAUUAUCUACGGAUUAGAAAUAAUGUUGUUAGAUUGUUUGGAUUUUCCUUAAAUCCGGAAUCAAGUGAAUAUAUUUUAGUUAUGGAAGAUGGGAAAGGCCUGGGUCAAUAUUUGAAAGAGAAUAAAUUAGAUUUGAAUAAAAAAUAUAAAAUGAUGAAGGAAAUAGUAAUCGGUUUAAAAAAUAUUCACGAUACAAACAUUAGUUUAGGAUAUUUUAAUUCAAACAAUAUUUUAAUAGACGAUUUUAAUAACGCAAGAAUUUCUAUUUUUACCAAUUUCAGACAAGGAUCGAAAAUAGUUUAUGUCGCACCCGAGAUUUUAGGGGAUAACAAAGUUAGUCAAACAUCUAAUAUAUAUUCACUUGGAAUGGUUUUAUAUAAUAUUAUUUUUGAAAAAGAACCAUUUUACGAAUUUCCAAGAAGUAUCAAUAAUGAGGAUCGACCACUGUUUAUCAGAGACAUUCCACCUUUACUCAAGGAAUUACUUACCAAAUGUUGGAACACAGUUCCUUCGGAUCGUCCUACGAUUAAUGAAGUGGUAGAUUUUUUUUCAGACGGAUUCUUAUUUGAUUUUGAUCCCUCCCAUAUCAAACAAAUUGUCAAUCGAGUUGUUUCGUCAGAGCAAACCAGUAAUAUACUUGAGCAAGCAACUAGUUCGGAAAAUUUUCAUAAUACUAGAUAUAAUGAAACCCCUGAACAAGAUUAUAAUUAUCAAGAAAUUGACAAAUCAUUUCAAAACGGAAUCAUUUUUGAUCCCAAUAAGCAUAACAAUAAUAUAUUUUCCGAAAAUUCCAUAUCGAUAUAUAGAUCAUUACCUCAAAAUUAUUUUAAUAAUGAAUUUAGCAAUGGUCCAGUUAAUUUUAGUAAACCUAGGGAUAGAUUAAAUCAUCAAGAUGAUGGAUUUAAAGUUACAGCUAUCAAUGAAUUUGUUGACGAUGAGUUCAAUAAAAUUGACAAAAGUCAAAUAACUAACAUACGAAAGUUUGAAAAUUGUCAAAGUAAUAUUAGGUCGGCAACGAUGUUGAAUUUUUGGACCAAAGCAUGUAGAAAAUCCAAUAUUAUUGAAUGUUUAGGAAUAUUUGAAGAUGAAGAUUGUAACGCUUUUUUAAUAAUACCAUUUGCUCUUGAAGGUAAUUUAAGGAGUUAUUUAAAAAACAGAGAAUUUUCUUUAAAGAAAAAGGUUGGCAUUGCAAUAAACAUUGCAGACGGCAUCAAAUAUUUACACAUAAAAGAUAUUAUCCAUGAAAAUUUACAUCCAAAAAAUAUCCUUAUGUUUGAAGGAAUGGCACAAAUCUCGGACUUGCCAUUACCAUAUGAAAAAAACAAAUCCGUUUUUUUUUAUCAACAAUUUUUUGACAAUAUCGGAUACAUCGAUCCAUCUUCAUUAUUAAAUGAAGAUUUUGAAAAGAAUAAAUCAAUGGAUAUUUAUAGUUUUGGAAGUUUGCUGUGGGAAAUAUUAAGUGGUAAAAUUCCAUAUUCAAAGAAUAAAGACGAAGGUAUUUUAAAAUUGGUUCGCAAGAUCAAAGAAGAUGGCUAUAGAGAACACAAAAUUAUUAAUGCUCCUGUAAAAUAUAUUGAACUUUAUGAGAGUUGUUGGGAUGGGAAGUCGUCAAAUAGGCCAACAAUUGAAAUGGUUUAUGAUAAACUUUUACAUAUUUUAUAA